GUGUCAGUUGUACGCCGGAAAUAGGAAACGCAAACGAAAAGACGUGUUUUAGAGAGUGACGCGUUCACCAUGGCAACCGGAGCAGAUCAAGCUGUGGGUUUGGGCCUCGUUGGCUUCAGUCUAUUCUUGUUCACAUAUUACACCAUAUGGGUUAUUGUCCUGCCAUUUGUAGACAGUGACCAUGUGAUCCACAGUUACUUUCUUCCUCGAGAAUACUCGAUCAUACUUCCUGGAGUAGCAGCUUUAAUUCUCUUACUCUGUGUUGGUACCUUCAUUGGAGUAGUAACAUGGAAGAAUCGUAAACCAAAGAAAGUCGACUAAAGUUCCUCAGUGGUGGAUCACUCAGCUGCCUAAGAAUGGUCAUGAUAAAAACUAACCCUGCAUACCAGCUACUGUCCUUCAGCCUCAUGUGUAGCUGUUCUUUGAAGCUGAACUUUCCUAUAGAUUCCACCCAGCAGAUUGGAAUAGGAAUACAGAAGAGGCUGAGGAAAUGACCAAUGACUUUGUAAGGGAGCCUGGCAACACAUUCUCUCCACACAGUAGAGCGCCAUAUCCUAGUAUUGAAAACCCAGCGACCACAACCUUGACCGCAGAACUAGUUAUGUAAUGAUUUGGGAUGAUGUGACCCACUUGCAAGUCAAAUAACUAAUCAAUUGAAUUACUGUCCUAGCAGCUGUUACAUUGUGGCUUAACUAUCAGGACGUUAUUGGAUUCAGUGACCAUUCAGACCACUGUUGUUAUUACGCGUUUGUGCUGCUGCUUCCGUCUGAGACUGUAAAUAGAUUUAAAUGUAUGCUAGUAAAUUAUAAGGCGGCGCAUCAUGCCCACUGCUUAUUGUCAACAGUAAGGGAUUUGAAAUAUGCUGGGAUGAUGAGAUCUCAGCUGUACACUUGUAUUUUUUAUAUGCUGUAAUAAAGAACUAUUUCACCA